AAAGCUGGGCUCCUCUGACAAAAACAAGGGCUGGGACUACAGCGAGAGGAGCAGUGUGCCUGAAAGCACAGGCUCUUCGUCCAUUUUAAACAUUUUUGUACAUGUUUUAAAUGUGUUGUUGUUGUUGAGAAAAAGGCACAGUUGAGCACCAUGUUGUCGUUGAAGUCAGCCCGUCUGCUCUGCAAGAUGUUUUUCUCCCUGCACGCGGUGUUCCUCAGCGUGGCCGCGGUGGAGAGCAAUGCAUCAAAUGGGAAUGAAAAAGAUUGCAUGAGAUCCAAUGGAGUGGAGUACAGAGGGGAACUACAGAGCUCUUCCUCAGGACUAACCUGUUUGAACUGGAUCAAUACCACCAGAGACUAUGAUGUUACACUCCAUACUGAUUCACAGACAGGUGUGGGAGAUCACAAUUACUGCCGAAACCCAGACUCCUCUGAGAGGCCUUGGUGCUACAUUGCUGGCCCAGAUGGGACCGUCCAGAAACAAUUCUGUGCCCUGGACACAUGCAAAGAACAAGUCUCCACUGUAGCAGCAGAGGCCGAGCCCCUGGAGCCAUCAGGAAUCAUUCCCACCACAAAGAGCUCAAAGCCAGCCAAAUCUGAAGCCUCUCAGGGAAAAGUUGCUCCAGCGCAGCCAGUAAUUGGAAUCAGCCAGCGAGUUCGCACAGGACCCACAAAGAAAAAGGACCUUGGCACCCUUGGCUACGUCAUUGGUAUCCUCAUGAUGGCGGUCAUAAUCCUCCUCGGAGUAGGCAUCACAGUCGGCUACUUUUAUAAGAGGGGUCGGGACUUAAAGAAGCAUCAUGAGCAGCGAGUGUAUGAGCGUGAGAUGCAGAGGAUCACUCUUCCCCUGUCGGCUUUCUCCAACCCCACCUGUGAGCUGAUGGAUGAGAACACCAUCGUGAUCAUAGCAGAGCACGAGAUUACCCCCAUCCAGGAGGGGGGGGAGGACCCUCUCAUGGGCCAACACGCUGGAACCCCCGGAGCCUGAGGAAGAAGCCCGUAGUCCUCCCAACGCAGAACUGUGAUACAUCUCUGUAGACCAAAACACUUCUUCACAUCUUCGUUUCUCCCUCCUGCCUCCCUGAGUAACCUCUGUUUUAAAAGGAGUAGGGGAGCAGUGUUUGCUCAAAAGACUUGAACUGAAUGCUGUGUCCUUUGUGUCCCCUUUAAUCUUGUUUCCAACAAGUCAAGCUGUUAAAACAUUCUUGACAACUUAAAACUGUUGCAAGGUCUUAAAUACUCGUGUUUAUACAUUUGAUAACCAAGUAAAUAAGCUAAUGUGCUGCCCCUAACUAAUAGUAUGCAUUUUAGUCUAAUGGACUAGUCAGUGUUUAUAAUGGUAGCCAAUUCUUUAUGAAGGGAUUUUGUUUGGAAUGGGGUUUAUAACCUUUUGUGUAUUUCCAUGUGGAGAAGUUUCUCUCCACAGGAAGUUUCAUUUAUAUUGACCUGUUGGCUGUGCCGAGAGAAGAGACCUAAAUAUAUCCUCCUCUGAGACAGGAUGAGGAAACAUGAGGUAAAGCAGGCCCUCUAAAGACAAGGGAAGGCCUCCCACUCUGCCUUAGCAUGAUACUUCUGAAUGUAUUUGUUUUUCUUUAACUGGGAUGAAUAUUUUUUCUCUUUGUACUCGACUGCCGAUGCAGUUAAAAAGCAUCUUGGGCGAUCAUUGGCAGACAUGAAACAUAACUUUGAAUCCACAGGUUAAGGAGUGACAGGAAAUGAGUGCUCUCAGAAAGCAUGAGAGAAAGUCCUCAGGACAGAACAGCACUGCCACAAUAGAAAUCUGAUAUGUCUUUGCAGGACAGCGCGUGUGGAAGUGCUGAAGAAUCCACACAUUUGAGUUAUGCACUUGAUGCUUCAUUUUGGAGUAGAAUAGAAACAGUCCAAAGUUUGCUGUUGUUCAUUCAGAAAGACGAGUGCAUGCAUGUUUGUAUAUGUGGGUAAUCUUUUCGCAUCCUAAAAAGUAUAACUACUGAUUAAAGAAGACGUUUUAAAAAAUACCUGCCUGAAAAUCGUCGUACACAGGAGACUUUGGUGCGUUACCCAUGAUGCACCGUUACUUCCAGUAUGUUUGCUAUUACUCGUUCACUCCACAUUAUCUGGUUUUUAUUGCUGGAUCCACAUCAUUUGGUUACUACUGCUCCAUUAUUGUUAGAGUAUGUGUACUGGUUGUCACUUGUUUUCUUCACAUAAGCAAAGUGUUUAAAAUACUGUUGUUCAGCAUUUGAAUGUAGUACUUGUAUUUGUAUGACUACAUUUUCACUCCUGAGAAGGAAAUAAAAAAAUCUAACUCAGA